AUGGCCAGGAUCGAGUUCUCCGCCAAUCCAACUCCCCUACAGAAACGUCCACGACCAACUCCUCCUUCCGAUCAAGAUGGAACCCGACACUCGGUGGAUUACAUCAGCGAUUUGCCGGACGCCAUAAUCCUUCAUAUCUUCUCCUUCUUGACCACAAAAGAGGCCAUCAAAACCAGUAUGUUGUCCAGGCAAUGGCGGUCUAAGUGGACUGCUAAUCCACAUAUAUCUUUCUCUAUGCCCUUCUGCUAUGAUUUUAUGAAGAUCCAGAAUUUCUUGGCUUUCAUGAGAGAGGUGCGGUUACGCUGCACCGCAGUCAAGGUGAAGAGCUUCCUCUUAGAUUUUGCUUGUCUCGCCUCCUCCUUCCCCCAGAGACGAAGGACUCGCAGGGGGAACAGCUCUGCUAUUGUUAUUGCGCCUGUCAUUAAUAGUUGGCUCCACUUCGCUGUCGGACACAACGUCGAAGAGGUGUCGAUCACCCUGCGCAAUGACAACAAUUAUCAGUUGCCGCAGCUCCUUUUCCGCUGCCCUACGCUGGUGAGUCUUCACGUGUGCCAUUGCCGUAUUUCGAUGAUGGUUGCCGUGAAGUGGCCUUCGCUGAAGAGAUUGUGCAUUAGUGAUACGACGUUGAUGGAUGAUGACAUGAUGAGAGUUUUGAAUGGCUGUCCUGUUCUAGAGUUCUUUGAGUUGAAAGCCUGUUGGGGCUUCAAGCACAUCAAAGUUGAAUCAAGAUUUUUGAGAGAGUUGGUGAUUGAUUAUCGUGAGAUUCGUAAUGAUCAAGCUUCGAUCCUGAAAAUUUCGGUUCCUCAUCUUCUUAAAUUGCGCCUAUCGGGUGAUUCUAUGUUCAAAGUAGAUCCAAUAUCUUCCUUGGUUGAGGCUGACUUAAAUUUCAAGGUGCUGUCGUCAACAGACGCGAGAGAACUGUUUCUUCCAUCCUUAGAAUGUCGGCAUCUGAUGCUCCACGUCGCAGCGGACCAUGUGGGAGCUCCCCAUAUAGUGAAAAUACUCGAAAGUUCGCCCCACCUGGAGAAGCUGUUCUUACAGAUGACUUGCACACCCACUUUUUGGCUCGUUGGCGACCAGAAUGUUGGCCGUAGCAACUUUGAUGCAGAAGAAUUUCGGAAUCCUGCAAAGGGGAGGGUCUACCAGUGUCUGAUGCUUCUCAAGAAUGUCAAGAUUGUCGAUCCCGGUGCCAAUUGUCAGGCGUGGGAACCUGUUCUUUCCCUGCUCGACUUUCUCCUCCAGAACGCACCCUCGCUUGACAAAAUAGAGAUCAACAGUUACAAUUCCGGAGUGUCCAGGGCAGUUGAACCGUGGGUGCUGCUCGAAGUGGUUCAGAUGAUUCUGUCGCACCCAAAUCGUUCUCCCAGCUUGAAGGUCAUUCUUCGUCAUCCCUCCCAAGGAUGCCCUUCUUCAAGCGUGCUUAAAUGUGAUUUUUACGUUAGCCCGGAUGCCGUCUUCUCGUGA